CCGGCGUCCGCCACCCUCCGGUCCCGGAGAAGCACCGCGCCGCCCGCCUGCCCAUCCACUCCCGACGAACUCACCCAUCUAUAUAACCCACCACCUCCCCCGCCGCACAUAACUCCAAGCAACCACCGCUUCAAGUUCACUUCACCUCACCUCGACAGCGCACGCCCCACCCACCAGGCCACCAGUCUCCUCCGCCACCGAAUCCCAAGCCAUACACCGAGAGAGAGAGAGAGAGGGAGAGAGAGACGCCCGCCCUCCUCUCUCUCCUCCCACCUCCCCUCCCCCGCCCCACUUCCGGCGAGCCAGCCAUGGAGCCGGCGGCGGCGAAGACGGUGGACCGCCUCUCGCAGCGCCUGGUGCCGCCGGCGGAGCCCACCCCCACCGCGCCCCACCGCCUGUCCUGGCUCGACCGCUACCCGACCCAGAUGGCGCUCAUCGAGUCGCUGCACGUCUUCAAGCCCGACCCGGCGCGCCACGGGGUCAGCCCGGCGGAGACCAUCGAGCGGGCCCUCGCGCGGGCGCUCGUCGAGUACUACCCGCUCGCGGGUCGCCUCGCCGUGUCCGAGGACGCCGGCGGGCUCCACGUCGACUGCAGCGGCGAGGGCGUCUGGUUCAUCGAGGCCUCCGUGCGGUGCCGGCUCGAGGACGUCGACUACCUCGAGUACCCGCUCCAGAUCCCCAAGGACGAGCUCCUCCCGCACCCGCUGCCACGGCCCAGCCACGAGGAGGAGAACAAGCUCAUCCUGCUCGUCCAGGUGACGACGUUCGCGUGCGGUGGGCUUCGUGGUGGGGUUCCGCUUCAGCCACGCGGCCGCCCCCGACCUGGGACCGCGACGCCAUCCCGGACCCGGCCGUGCGCACGUCGGCAGCCUCCCCGAGCUGGACGGCGUCAAGCGCCUCGAGUACCUGGCCAUCGACAUCUCCGCCGACUACAUCGACCACUUCAAGUCCCAGUUCGCCGCGGCCUCGGGCGGGGGCCGCUGCUCCGCGUUCGAGGUGCUCAUCGCCAAGGCAUGGCAGAGCCGCACCCGCGCCGCGGCGUUCGACCCGGACACCCCCGUCCACCUCUGCUUCGCCAUGAACGCGCGACCGCUCCUCGCCGCCCGCCUCCCGCGCGCCGGCGUCGGCUUCUACGGCAACUGCUACUACAUCAUGCGCGUCUCCUCCACGGCGGGGAAGGUGUCCUCGUCGUCCGUCACCGACGUGGUAAAGAUCAUCAGGGAGGGGAAGAAGCGGUUCCCGUCGGAGUUCGCGCGCUGGGCGGCCGGGGAGGAGGCCGGCGACCCGUACCAGAUCACCUCCGACUACCGGACGCUGCUGGUGUCGGACUGGACGCGGCUGGGCUUCGCCGAGGUGGACUACGGGUGGGGCCCGCCGGCCCACGUGGUGCCGCUGACAAACCUGGACUGCAUCGCCACGUGCAUCCUCGUCAAGCCCUGGGCCCACAAGCCAGGGGCACGGCUCAUCACGCAGUGCGUGACGCCCGACCGCGUCGCCGCCUUCCACGACGCCAUGGUGGACAUGAACUGCUAAGGCCGCACACCUCCAUUUGUUCAUGGUUUUUUUUCCCUCUUCGAUUACCGCGGUAAUUAGCAGGGGGUAAGUGACAUUAAACAGCCUUCUGCUCCCGGUGAUGAAGAGCAACAGCAAGAAUAAAGUAAGAAAGUGACAACAAAAUAAUGAUAAAAGUACAUAGAGCCAGGUAUGGGGGACUGGUAGACAGCUAGAUGGUAGUUGGCAAUAGUGGGAUUGGUAUUGGAUUCCUUUAUUUCCUUUGGAUGUCUUCUUCUUUUGUUGGUGGUGGUGGUGGGAGGAAGUGUGUGUAUACAUGUCCUUUUUUUCUUCUUCUUUCCUUUGUUCAGUUCUUGGGGGGCUUUGAUUGAAGGAAUGAUCAAAGCUGGACUUGGUGGGAAGCCACCAACUAAUCUCCCCCAUAAAUCUUAAUAUAAAGAUGUUAAUUAGAUGUCGUGUAUAGUAUCCAAUUUUUUCUUCUUCUUUUGUCGUAUAUACACAAGUCAACAGUGAGUACAGCUUUUUACUACAUUGUAGAAUAUAAUUUUCUGACAUCUGAAAAUGGUGUUUGGCUC